GUCAUUGAAGCUCGCAGCGUUGACUGCAUCCUUGAUGGACUUUCUCGUGUGCGCGCAAAGUUUCGCUGCAUGGGCAUAAAUGUGAUGCGCAUGCACAGUGACAGGGAGAAGAGCUUUCUCCCUACCAGGGUGGCACGGUGGUGUGGUCAUCGAUCAAUCCAUCACACUUUUACUGAGGGCGACGAUCCCCAGGCCAACGGCCGUGCAGAGAGUGAGAUUCAACAAGUCAAGCGUCGCAUGAGGCUUUUGAUGCAUCAAGCUCAGCUGGAGUCUUCUCUAUGGCCCGGUGCCCUCCGACAUGCCUCGGAGGAGAGACUUCGCAACCAGCUGCGUCGCCUGGGCAUUCCCACGAAACCAAUGCUUCGUUUUGGGAGCAUGGUCACUGUGCGCAGUAAGCGCUGGCAUAAAGCUGGUCAAUUGGUGCGGCCUUUCGUUUCUAUGCAGUUGAUGGGCCCUAGCCCCAUGAUGUCCUCAGGAUGGGUUGUUCGUCACGGUGAUCGGGCGCAGCAUGUUCGCACCGCUGUUGAACCUUCGCCUGAGGCUGAUAUUGCUGCUCAAGAACUUCAUGCCAUCGACCAAGGACAUGUCCGUCGUCGCUUGGUUGGCAAACAGGGCAUUGACCCACACCCCUUGGAGGAUGUGAUUCCUUCACUCUACGAGGCUGCUGAGGUUCCGGGGGAGCUCAGACCAGCUCUCGCUUCGCUGACUCACCUUCGAGCUGGGGGGGAGUCGCUCGCAGACUUUUGCUUGAUUCCGGAUGAUUUGUCGCUGGGAGAUCAAGACCAAGCAGUUGCCUUUGCGGUGCCUCAGCUGGAAGCAGGUGAGGACUCUGAGGGUGAUGGUGAGUCUUUUUCUUGGUCAAGUGCACUCCAAUGUCAUGAAGAGGAAAUUCAACAGCACUGGACACUGAAGCAGAUGUGGCUGGAAAAGCUGAACGAAGUUCCGGUGGGGCAUCAUUGGGGUGGUGAACAUGGACGUUGGAUGGAGCAUGUGGAGAAUCAGUUGAGGCUGCAAGAAGAGUGUUUGACUCAGCAGCAUGAGGUGAUUGAGCGCUGGAGGUUGGCUUCAAUGCAAAUGGCAACGACGGAGCCUGCAGAGGAGAGUCCGCCAUCAAGUACUGAGAAACCAACCACCGUGCUUCAGACAUAUACGGUGUCAUUGGCUCAAGUGCGGAAGGAGCUGCACAAGUGGGUUGAGCCUUUCAAAGAUGAAUAUCAGUCGCUCACUAGCAAUACAGGUGCGAUCAAUCCCACUACGGAAGAUGCUCUCAAGGAUGAUCCUAGAUAUCCUCUUCGGGAAGAAGCGCCUGCCAUGCUUGUGCCGACAGUGAAGAGUCCCCACGGCCGUCACCGCGCUCGAGUGGUGAUUUGCGGAAAUCACUUGUUCCGCCCAGAUGGUGACAAAGCUGUCGAUCCCCUGACGGCUCAACAGUCCAACGCUCCAUUCUCUUUGUAUGCAGGACCUGAUCUUCUUCUUCAUCAGCAGUCCUACUUGGGCGACUUGUUGGCUCGAUACUCUGAUGUGAAGCCAGCGAACUGCCCUUUGCCAGGUGUUUUGGACGACUCCGAAGAGUCCAACAUUGAAAUCAGUGCAGUUCGAAGAGCUCAAACUGUAGUUGGAGAACUGCUCUGGUUAGCAGUUCGAACGAGAUUGGACAUCUCGUACGCAGUUGCUUGGCUUGGUCGCCAUGUGGCAAGGCUUCAAUGCGAUGGCGGCUUUCGCGUGGCGGCGUUGAGGAUGUCUUCGGCGAGCGGCGGCGCUGGAGCUGGUGAUGCUCCGUGGUGCGACUUCGGUGAAGGACCUUGGAUGAGCCUUCGCUUUCGUGAGUGGCCCAGAGGAAAAGACAAAUGGGAAGAUCUAGGCAGUGGCUGGUGGGUUCGAAUUUUGAGUGCUCCCAGAGUCAAUACCUACCACCCGGUACACCGCAGCACGCCCUUCAAUGUGAUGGACCUUCUUCCCGAGAGGCAUACGCUUUGGUGGCCGUCUGAUGGCGCUCCACGCAUGCUUCAUGACGAAUGGAGUACAGGCCAGAGAUCGGUGAUGGUCCCAACAGGCCAAUGGAGAGGAUAUGCCUUUUUUCGCAUGCGGCCGACGAGAACAGACACCCCUGCUGUAGAGAGCUCAAGUGUGCCUCGGCUCGAUGAGGGGCGGGGAGAGUUUUUUGCUUUGGCCGAUCAUGCUGGAUAUCAACGCCGACUUGAAGGUGCUCGUGCUCGGGGGGAGGCCGCGUUGGCCGGUGGGGUGCUGACUAGCGCUUUUGUGGAUCCUUCUCUUAAUCGAGUUCGGGAACCUAGUGAGGCAGGUGAGAAGCGGUUGAAUUUAGAUGUUCGGAACGAAGAAGAUUCCGAUGGCAGUUUUUCCAAGGUUGAAACUCCAUAG